CAUCAAUCCCUUCUUUCCCGACAACUUUCGCAUUCGCAUGCUCAGAAUCAGAAGAAUCAUGGCAAACGUACCGGUAACAGAGAUACCAACUGUAUCCCUGCUCUAUCGACUCAAGAAGCUGGCACCUGCGCAAUUCCAAGACGAAUCCGAACGUCCCCAACCUUCGCAAUCAUUCAACGAUCGGAUCGGCCUUAUCAGAGGGGAUAUCACAAAGCUUGAAGUCGGAGCUAUUGUCAAUGCUGCAAACAACUCACUUCUCGGCGGUGGUGGUGUUGACGGAGCAAUACACAGAGCUGCUGGGCCAAAGCUCUUGAAGGAGUGUCGGAGAUUGAAAGGUUGCGACACUGGCUCAGCUAAGAUCACCGGUGCCUACGAACUUCCUUGCCAGAAGGUUAUUCAUGCUGUUGGACCAGUCUUCAACUCACGAUUCGAGCAAGAGUGCGCAGAAGAUCUCGCAGGUUGCUAUACUACAAGCUUGGAACUAGCUGUCGCCAACAAGUGUAAGAGCAUUGCAUUCAGCGCUUUGAGCACUGGUAUCUACGGCUACCCGAGUGAUGAAGCUGCACCUGUCGCUAUCAAGGCUGUUAAAGACUUUCUAGAGGGUGAAGAUGGAGAUAAGCUGGAGAAGGUAGUCUUCUGCACUUUUGUACAGAAGGAUGUCGAUGCCUACAAUCAUUGGUUGCCUCGCUUCUUCCCAUCGACCGAACCGGAGGCUGAGGAUGAAUGGGAAGAAGUUGAAGGAGGAGAGUCUGCGGAGAACGGACCAGCCACACAAGAAGAGAAGGCAAAGGAUACAGAGGAAGCGAAGGAGGAAAAGGAAGCCGAAAAGAAAGAAGAAGAGGCACCAGUGGAGCUUCCUGAUGUACCAACGACUGAGCCAGCUUCUGAGUCAGCAGAGGAUGGUCCUGCCACAAAGAAGCAGAAGUCUGGUGACGAAGAGAAGCUUUAGGUUGAUAACAUGCUGCUUUGGGUGCCUAGGAGUUACGGCGUUGGAGCACUGGAGUAGAACGAAUUCCGAAUUGUGGUUGGCAUGGAUAUAGCGUUGGUUUCUGCUUUCAGAAGCACCGUCGAUGUGGCCAGGUAGAUUGAGCCGACUUCUACCCUUUGCAGCAAUGAAGCAAUCAUUUUACCAC